AUGAGGGAGCUGUCCUGCUUCGGCGACGGAUCCGUCAGCGUCGCGGCGGCGGCCGCCUCCGUCUCGGGCCGCGGCGCGCUCGACCGGUCGCUGCAGGCGGCGACCACCAGCGUGUACAGGGCGGUUCUGUCCACGGGCAAGGAGAUGCUCGUUCGGGUCACGUGGACGCGCAGCGCCGCGGGAGCGCCCGGCGUGGCCGUGGCCUUCGACGACGGCGGCGGCUCGGCGCCGGCGGCGAGGAGGAGCGGCCAGGUGCUGCUGCAGAAGAGGCGGGGGAGCCGGUCGCUGGUGACAGGCGCCGGCACGGCCGUCGGCGUGCACUGGGACAUCGCGGAGGCCAAGUACGCCUCGGGCCCGUCCCCGGAGCCGGAGCGCGACUACGGCCUCGCCGUCGUGGCCGAUGCCGAGCUCGCGCUCCUCCUCGGCGCGGGCGGCGCGGCGCGCGAGGUCGCCCGCCACCUCGGCGCCGCAGUCCCGCACGCGCACGGCGGCGCGGUCCUCGUCAGCCGGCGGGAGCAGCUGCGCGGCGCGGCGGCGGCGCACGUGACGCGGUGCAGGUUCCGGGAGGGCGGGGAGGAGCACGAGGUGGCCGUGCACGCCUGCAGGGGCGGCGACGGGGAGCUGCGGGUCAGCAUCGACGGGGAGAAGGUGGCGGAGGUGCGGCGGGUGGGCUGGGGAUUCCGGGGCAACCGCGCCGCCGUGCUGCCCGACGGGGAGGUCGUCGACGUCAUGUGGGACGUGCACGACUGGUGGUUCGGCGGCCGGGGAGGCGGAGGCGCCGGCACGGGGGCGCAGUUCAUGGUCAAGGCAAGGGCGGAGAAGGAGGGCAGGCUGUGGAUGGCGGACGAGACGGUGGCGAGAGGCCAGUCGCCCGGUGGUUUCUUCUUGCACGUGCAGUGCUACCGCCGGUGA